AUGCAUGUUUGGUCCUUUGAAAUAGGUCUUUUGGAGCAUUCUGGAGCAUAUGGGACAAGAGGAGAAUGGAGGGACUUGGCACAUGGACGCAGCUCAACUGGAUACGCAAAGGAAGAAGGGAGAAGCCAUCUUGAAGACCAGCUCGACCGUCUACUCGACCAACCGGUCGAGUUCAACUCGACCGGCCAAAACUCGAUCGAGCUGAGAAGUCAAACCAAGCUUAGAGGAGAGAUAUCCAGCUUCAUCCAGCGAAACAAUGAGACAUUCGCAGAGGCUUGGGAGAGGUUCAAAGGCUACACAAGUCAGUGCCCACACCAUGGAUUCAACAAUGAAUCACUACUCUCCACUCUUUAUAGAGGAUGCUUGCCUAGGUAUAGGGAGAUGCUAGACACAGCUAGCAAUGGGAACUUCCUCAACCAGGAUGUAGAUGAUGGCUGGCAACUUGUGGAGAACAUAGCUAACUCAAAUGGAAGCUAUGGAGAAGAGUAUGAUCGCACCAACCGGAGCUCGACCCACCACUCGAUCGAGUCAGACGAAAAGUUGAGAAAAGAUGUUAAGGCAUUGAAUGAGAAGUUGGAUAAGCUGAUCCUAGCUCAGUCCACAAUGAAGAAAGUCAACUUUGUGUCUGCUGAGGAGAUGGAACCAGUCCAAGAAGGGGAGGAUACACAAUUUGCUGAGGUGUGCUACAUGAGCAAUGGGCAAGGAGGUUACAACAAAGGAUACUAUAACUACAAGUCCAACCCUGCCAUGUCAUACCGCAACACUGAUGUUGCUAACCCUCAGGACCAAGUAUAUCCUCAACAACAAGCAGCUCGAUCGAGUCAGGUGCCACAACAUGGGUAUGGUCAAAAGAACAAUUACCAAGGACCACAAGGCACUUUCCCUGGACAACAAAUGAAUAUCCCACCAGGCUUCCCCCACCAACCGCCCCAGCCUGCACCUUCACAAGAGAAUGAGCUCAAAGCAAUGCUAAAGCAACUACUUCAAGGGCAAGCUGAUGGGGUAGUGGACACAAGCAAGAAGCUAGCUGAAAUAAACUCUAAGAUCGAGAACCUCAACACAAGGGUUUACUCUCUGGAGAAUCAUGCUUCUUCUGUUGCUGCUGCUACAAAGCAAGGACAACUACCUGGUAAAGCUAUUCAGAACCCCAAGGAACAGUGCAAGGUCAUCUUCACUCAAGAAGGACUUGUUGAAGAAGAGGAUCAAGAAAGGGUCAUUGAAGAUUUUUGUUUACUGCUGAAUGAUGAAGAGAUUGUUGCUGCUGAGGCUCCUGGAGUCCAGAUUGAUCAACCAGAAGUGCAUGCACCUACUGUGGCCAUUCACACUUCACCAGUUGAGCUCGCACGACAAGCUCGAUCGGCAGCUCGAUCGAGUCCAACUCUAGCUCGAUCGAGUCCGACCUCUUCUGUCCGACAGCCUGUUUUGCUUGAUCCUUAUCAACCGGUUGCCGCUUCCUCGUCUCGCCUACUUAGUCAAGGUCACAAGGAAGUGAUUCACAAGUUCAGAAGAGAUCUCAGUGGGAUUGGAAUUGAGUUGCCUCUAUGGAUAGCAUGA